AAGCUGAUAGAGAGGAGUCCUUACUAUUUCCAGACCCGUAGCUGCAGUGAAAUGGUCUCAGAUCGUACAGUCCAACCUAAACGAGAUGGUGCAAGUGGGAACAAUGGCGACGUCCAAAUUCACAGAGUCUCGCACGUGGGGUGUCAUUUCUUUGGCCUAUCAGACAGUGAAGCAAACAUACCUCACCGGCGAGCAAACACGUGCACUACCACUGAUGUACGUAUAAAUAUCAUUGCCCAUGCUACAACACAUUCCACAUCUUGGGCCCGUGCCACAGUAAAAAUGGCUACCGAUAUGCCAUCGAGUAUUCAUGUCUCCUCGCACCCUUGCGUUCGCGCGAAGCUCAGCCAACUGCGAUCCUCAUCAACAGGCGCGGCGGACACCAAGCGGCUCAUCCAUGAGAUCGCAACGAUAGUAGGCUGUGAAGCUUUAGCACACGGUCUCUCCACGCAAGCUGUUGGCACUGAUGUAUCUCCUCUCGACUACGAGUAUACUGUGGAGGGUACUACGCCGUCACAUGUUAGCAUAGUGCCAAUAUUGCGCUCCGGGCUUAGCAUGGUUGAGGCAGUGCAGUCACUGCUUGCUAUGCCAGCUGUGGUACACCAUCUGGGUAUGUACCGCGAGAAGAGCACGCUUCAACCAGUGGAGUACUACAACAAUUUGCCAUAUCAUAAACCGAACGAUGCGUCGCAGGUUUCCGAGCUGGCCAUAAUUGUCGACCCUAUCAUUGCGACAGGCUCUACGAUGUGUGCGGCGAUCGAGACACUCAGAGACUGGGGAGUACCGCGCAUAAUCGCGAUCGGCGUGCUGGCCUGCGAAGGUGGCCUUCGGAAGGCAGCAGAAGUGUGGCCUGAAGGCGUCGAGCUUUGGGUCGGUGGAAUGGAUGCCGAGACAGACGCGAGAGGCAUGAUAAAGCCUGGGCUUGGUGAUAUAGGGGAUCGACUCUACUUGACUGUCGGCAAAUGAUGGGCAACUUCAUUUGACAUUGGUCGGUGUCCCUGGAGUUGACCAAAUUCGUCCCUCAUGCUGUGCGUGUGAUUAG